UUUUCUUCUGAUAUAACUAUUCUUUUGCAGGAAACGUCGCAUCUGAAAACUCGGAGCUAAAAGGACCAUUCAUAUACAUCUCGGGAGAGGAAAAGGCCGCACCGCAUCCCGAUCUGAUAGGGCCUUCCUUUUCAUUUUGAGUCUAGUCACCAACAAAUGAAGAAAAACACACAAUCUGAGGAUUUUUACAUUACAGCCUGCCUGUGGUCUCAAAAAAAAAAUCUUGUACGUUAGAGCUGGCGAAAAUUCCAUGUUGUGAGCAUCAUGGAAUCUCUCUCUGCUCCAAUCACAUGCAUGAAAAGCACCCAAAUUUCCCCUCUUAACCCCAGCAGCAGUGGUGCCAAGUAGCACUGAAGCAAAAGAUUUGGUACUGUUGCUUGUUUUGGGGUGGUGCUAAUCAGCAAUAGAAUUAUGGGAGGGAGAGUACUUAAAUCCUGAUUUUGUGAGCUAAAAAGAGUGAGAAAACACAAAGCACCUCCAGCUCACAACACAGUGUCUGACCCAGAAAGAACAAAGCUGGCCUGUUGCCACCAUAUGAACUCGCUUUUUUUUUCAUGCAACCGGCAGGAACUCUGUCUUUUCAUAUAGAAGAAAAUAAUUGACUAUUAGUAAUAAGGAAAACUAGCCGAAAACCGAGGAGUAGCUUACUCUCCAGCACCCAGGAGCUAUAAGAGGAGCCUCGACGACACAUGCUCCACAUCGAAGUUCCAUCUUACAAUAUGAGGAAACACACUCUCGCCCUCUUCCUCCUGCUCCUGCUCCUCACCUUUGCCUCCCAUGGGGCAUGGUGUGCAGCAGCAGCGCGAAGCGCCAUGGCUGAGGAUGCGGCUCAUCAUCAUCUGAGGCCUCAUCACCAUGGCAAGAGGCUCCUGGAGAUACAGACUCCCAGGAAGGUCGGGCACGCGACAGGAGGAUCUGGAGGGGGCAGCAGCGGCGGCGGCAGGAGCGGUGGCGGCGGCACGGACACAAGGCCACACAACAGCAAGAAUGGCGGUGCCAUGGCGCUGCCAGCUCCAGCGACCUCCGUCCUGGCGCUCGUUUUCACCACUACCGUUCUUCUCUCGGCGCUCAGCUUCUGAAGCCCUAUACUCAUCUCGAUUGCGGGCGCGGUACUAGUAUGUGUGUACUCUUGCAGUUUCAGAAACUGUUUGCAUAAUGCUUGUGGGUGUCGGAGUGAUAUGCUGUUUAUUACUCCCUCCGUAAACUAAUAUAAGAGCGUUUAGAAUACUAAA